AUGCCUGCUUCUGGUAUAAAGCGCAUUCGUGGUGCCUGCUCGACCUGUCGACAUCGUAAGGUGCGCUGCGAUGCCGCCAUCCUGGACUCGCCGUGCACAAAUUGUCGCCGGAAUGGCCUCUUUUGUGAUACAGUCAGGCCGCCCAAGGAUAAAAGGCCAACAUCCUCGGCCGAUACCUCCAUUACCGCAGAUAUAACCGGUCAUCUUACCGCUAUCCAAACGUCAAAGAACCGCGGGCGUUAUCAGCCGUUUACAAAUUUUGGGUUCUUCGCAAUCCCAAAGUUACAAAAUUUAUGUUCGGAGGAUAUGAUCUGCUUGAAGAUGCAGAAGUCAUUAUAUGUCCCUGAACACCCGGUCCUGGAAAGCUUUUUGCGACAUUACUUCCUUUAUGUGCAUCCGUGCAUGCCUGUCGUCGAUGAAGCUCGGUUUUGGGAAAUGUACCACGGUGAUGACGAACAUUCCUCUUCCACUCAGGAAUUCUCACUUCUUUUGUUUCAAACUAUGCUUUUUGCCGCGUCCAGUUAUAUUCCCAACGAACUUGCGAAAUCAUUCGGCUAUGACUCAAUUGUGGCCGCUCGAAAUUCAUUAUAUCGAAGUGCCAAGGCCCUCUACGACUUUGAUACCGAGGACAGCUCCCUCAGUAUUGCACAGGCAGCCCUUUUACUUACAUAUCACAACUCCAGUGUCAAUCAAUUAACCAACUCGACAUGGCUUUCUAUUGCCAUUCAACAUGCCAGAGCAUCAGAUGCUCAUUUGUACGAUGCUCAGAACCGAACACACCACCAAAUAUCCCUGCUGAAACGGAUUUGGUGGUCCUGUAUUGUGCGGGAUCGUAUCAUAGCAAUCGGAAUGCGUCGUCCUCUCCAGAUAACGCAACACGACUUCGAUUUUUCGAAACCCAGCAUCGGGCAGGCGGAUUUCGAAUAUGAAAAUCCCAUAUCGGAGGUCUAUAGUCAGCUAGUCAAGGAGCAACUGUGCGAUGUAUUUGUCGCUCAGUGCCAGCUUGCGGUAGCUAUGACUAAUCCGAUGUCCGUUCUUUAUCCAGCCAUCAGACAGAAAGCGACGAAUUCACACGGCGAUAUCAGUAAUCAAUUGACAUCCUGUGUUGAAGGGCUUAGCAAUUUGAAGACCUGGGAGUUAGGUUAUUUGAUGCCACUCAAGGACCGCCAAGUGAAUGUACAUGCCACCGUCAAACUUUUUGCUCAUCUUACCUCGUUAUAUUACCAGUCAACACGUGUUGCGCUUUGCCAUCACAUGGCUCUAUUGCUCUUCGUUCGUGAAGAAGCACGAUGGCAUCAAAGUCGAGUGAUGAGUAUCCGCCAAAUCAAGGAAGAACUCGUUGAUGCUAUCGGAGCAGUCACAGCUACAGUCCGUGACUUUUUCACUGUCUGCAAUGUAUCUUCUGGCCACCUUCCGCUGAGUGUGUUGAUGAACAUAAUCCUACCAGCCUUUCUCCUUCGACUAGAUAUUCAGCUUUCGCCCUCUGUACCCUCGCUUGGCAAUGCCCACUCAUCGCAAUCCCCGAAAUUAUCUCGCGACUCCAACCACAGCUUAAAUUUUUAUUUACAAAUUAUCCAGAUUUGCAACACUCGAUACGAUACAUCUUAUAUAGCCGAUUGGUUUGAACAGCUCAUUCGUAUGGCGACCGCGGUCAAAAUGAGAAUGUUGUCUGCACACACACGCUCACCGAAGCAAUUUCCGUCCUUCCCCAAGUCGUUUCUCGAUUUUCUCGAGUAUCAGCCAAUAACUUACCUGCGCCUCGCGGCUACUAUUGAUAAUCUAUUUGCUACAGCAAAUGUGAGCCUAGCAACUACGCAACGACUAUCCGCACUGCAACGGGGGAUGGUACCGCACAGCGGAUUAAGAUGUGCAUCCAGCACCAACCACUCUCGUCAUGACCUUGUUACAUCUCUCAACAAACAAUGCAACGAUAAUUCCGAUUAUCCAACAACACUUGAAGGUUGUGAUGAUUUCACAUCUAGUCAACAAACAGAUUACAUGUAUUUGAUUAAUGACCUCCCUCUUCUUGGCGGCUAA